AUGUCGACAGAACAUGGCGUCGAGAAUCGCUUCUACAAGGCACGGGCUGAUAAGACAGUCAGAGACACUGGCUUGCCCACGCUCUUUGACUUUACCUCGACCACGAUAACCAUCUCCCUCGUCAACUUCAGCGAACAAGCCUCCCAGCACCCUCUAUCUCGUCGCUGUGACUAUACAAAUCCAGACAACUCACAUCCCAAACAAGAACACAUUACCCGCUCGUCCCCUCAAGCAGCCGGAACGAGGACCAGCUCACCCAUUCGCGACUCCGGAAGCUCCACCUACCAGCCACAGCCACCAACCAACUGCAGCGUCUCUCGCUCUCGUCAUUCCACCCAUUUCAUACACAACUCGCCCUGUCAGAUUAGCCAAGCAGGCAACGUUGGCGGAAAGGACCCCUGUCUUAUGCCAACUUUGAAGGAGAUAGGUGAAUUGAAGGCCAGAAAUAUUGUUGGAUAG